AUGAAUUCGCUGACCUAUCUCUCUCGCCAAUUCGACGUGCUAGCUUCACCCCGCGCGCCACCAUCCACCCCAGUCUCAGAAUCUCCCCCGCCCCUCCCUGGAGACACAGACCAUGCGGACCCCAGGCGACUUCGGUCGUGGUCGACCAGGUCCCUCCGUGUUCCGCUUCCCACUGGCUCGUCUGGGCCAUGGUCUAUCAAGCGGUCCCUUUCGUCACCUGCAGAUGUCGCCGUCUCUGUCGACCAGCCCUUGCUCUAUCCAACAAGGAAUGCCCCUCUACCCCCUUCACGACCACCAUCUAAGCCCUCUUCGCGACGCCCCUCCUUCUCGUCAUCCGAGAGAGCAAUCCGGCCCAUAUCGGGCUCAAACUCAAUUCUCAGAAGCCUGUUCUUCACGCGUCUCGUAUUGUCCUUCUGGAACGCCAUCUGCUCUGCCUGGAGAUCGCUCACAGGGCAAUCGUCUGCACGCACGGUUGAUGAGGUAGCCGUAGAGGACGCCUCGGAGGAGGAAGAGAAGGAUACUGAAGACGAGAGUAAGGACGAGAGAUCUGUACCAUUAGACCAUCCACAGCGAAUUCCACCUCCAUUACCAUUAUUGCCAUUCCCUCCGCCAGACGCAUUGACACCUUCGUAUCCCAUAUCUCCCACUGUCAGUCACUCGCUUGCAGAUAUACCCUCAUCUGUGGAUUCCGAUUCGGCAUCUCAAUCCACUUCUACUGCCGCGAGUUCUCAACAACUUCCUUCCGCAUCGCGCUCAUCUACACCAGGCUCCGCAACGCAUAGAACGCCUGUGCAUUUGCAGAAGACUUUGGUGCUGGAUCUGGACGAAACGCUCAUUCACUCAACCUCUAGACCAAUAUCAUCCAUGUCGUCAAGCAGCUCAGGCUUGUUGGGCCUAAGUAUCUUUGGACGUCGUAAUAAAGGUGCAGGUCAUGUAGUCGAGGUGGUCCUUGGCGGACGCAGCACGCUCUACCAUGUGUACAAGCGGCCUUUCGUGGAUUACUUUCUCAGAAAGGUCUCAGGGUGGUAUACACUCGUGAUCUUCACGGCCUCAAUGCAAGAAUACGCCGAUCCUGUCAUAGAUUGGCUAGAUGCCGGAAGAGGGAUAUUGACUCGCCGCCUAUUCAGAGAGUCGUGUACUCAACUCCCAAGUGGAUCUUACACCAAGGAUCUAUCAGUCGUGGAGACGGACCUUGCGAGGGUGUGUUUAAUCGAUAAUUCUCCCAUUUGUUAUAGUGUAAAUGAAGCCAAUGGCAUACCCAUAGAAGGUUGGACCCAUGAUCCUCACGACGAAGCGCUGCUGGACUUGUUACCAGUGCUCGACUCAUUACGCUUCACCAAGGACGUCCGACGAGUUCUUGGCAUUCGUGGCUUUUCAUGA